AUGGCGCUUCCACCUGGCUGGAAACGAGAAGAAGUUGUAAGGCAAUCAGGACUUUCAGCUGGAAAGACAGAUGUUUAUUAUUUCACGCCAGAUGGUAAAAAGAUUCGCAGCAAGCCACAGCUAGCUCGUAUUCUUGGUGAAACAUUUGAUUUGAGUGCUUUUGAUUUUCGUACAGGUCGGACAGUUUAUAGCGCUUGUAGAAAAAGUAAACGACAAAAAGGAUCUUCUUAUGAUUUUGCAAGAGGGGUUCGACAUGAUGCCAGUCUUGUUUUGCCAAUUAGACAGACAGCUUCAAUAUUUAAACAGCCAGUUACAGUUGUUAGAAACAGAACUGAGAGUAAAUCAAAGGCAGAAUUAAAACAUGGGAUUCAGGAGCAACCCAAGCAGAUCUUCUGGGAGAAAAGAUUACAAGGUCUGCGUGCAUGUGAUAGCAGUGAAGAAGUAAUUCCAACAAUGGAGCUACCUAAACAAGUUCAAAGUGUAGGACCAGAACUUAGCACAGAAAAUGUUUUACAAAGUAUAUCAGCAGCACUACAUAUCAAUACUGGUCCUGUUGUUGGCCAAGGGGCCACCAAACAAGUUAUUAUGAAAAACCCAAGUAUAAAUAUGGACACACAACAGCCACACAUUCAACAGCUGAUGGUUUCCUCAGAUGAUAUUCACAGGCAGGAACAGAGAGUUCAGCUGGCUCGUAGACGCCUACAAGAUCUGAUUCAGUCAUUGGAGUAG